AGUUUCGUGGUAUUUACUGGCGUUGCAGCCACGGUCACACCCCGUCGCAUUCAUUGAAAAAAUAUUGUGUGGGUUAAAAAACGAAAACGUCGCCAAAUCGCGUAGCCCCAAAUGCACACGCCGAGUGCCGAGUUAAAGAUACUGCCAGUCCCCAAGGAUUGCAUGCCGUGAAGAUCGGGGGAAAGUCGGAUAAAUCGGAUUUGGGAUAGCUCAUAGAAGUCACCACUACCACUACAGGGCCAACAACAACAACAAGGAGAAGAGCAAGAAGCAGAGGCAGCGCAGUCGGCAGCGCAGCGGCAGAGAGAAAAGAUGGCGACGAGAGGCAGUGGAACCCGUGUGCAAUCGCAGCCAAAGAUUUUCCCAUCGCUGCUUUCCAAGCUCCACGGCGCCAUCUCGGAAGCUUGUGUCUCCCAGCGCCUGUCCACCGACAAGAAGACGCUGGAGAAGACCUGGAAGCUGAUGGACAAGGUGGUCAAGCUGUGCCAGCAGCCCAAGAUGAACCUGAAGAACAGUCCACCGUUUAUUUUGGACAUCCUGCCGGAUACGUAUCAGCGCCUGAGAUUGAUCUACUCGAAGAACGAGGACCAGAUGCACCUGCUCCAUGCCAACGAGCACUUCAACGUGUUCAUCAACAACCUGAUGCGAAAGUGCAAGCAGGCCAUCAAGCUCUUCAAGGAGGGCAAGGAGAAGAUGUUCGACGAGAACUCCCACUACCGCCGGAAUCUCACCAAGCUAAGCCUGGUCUUCUCGCACAUGCUCAGCGAACUGAAGGCCAUCUUCCCCAACGGCGUCUUUGCCGGGGAUCAGUUCCGGAUCACCAAGGCGGAUGCGGCCGACUUUUGGAAGAGCAACUUCGGUAACAGCACAUUGGUUCCCUGGAAGAUCUUCCGGCAGGAGCUGAACAAAGUACAUCCCAUAAUUUCCGGCUUGGAGGCCAUGGCCCUAAAGACUACCAUCGAUCUGACCUGCAACGACUUCAUUUCCAACUUCGAGUUCGACGUAUUCACACGCCUCUUUCAGCCCUGGGUAACACUGCUGCGCAACUGGCAAAUCCUGGCCGUCACACAUCCGGGCUACGUGGCCUUCCUCACCUACGACGAGGUAAAGGCUCGCCUGCAGCGCUACAUCCUCAAGGCGGGCAGCUACGUCUUCCGGCUCUCCUGCACGCGGUUGGGCCAGUGGGCCAUCGGCUAUGUGACCGCCGAGGGAGAGAUUCUGCAGACAAUCCCGCAGAACAAAUCGCUUUGCCAGGCGUUGCUCGAUGGCCAUCGUGAGGGCUUCUACUUGUAUCCAGAUGGCCAAGCCUACAAUCCGGAUCUAUCGUCUGCCGUUCAAAGUCCCACCGAGGAUCACAUAACCGUAACCCAAGAGCAAUACGAACUAUACUGUGAAAUGGGCAGCACCUUCCAGCUGUGCAAGAUCUGUGCGGAGAACGACAAGGAUAUUCGCAUUGAGCCCUGCGGGCACUUGUUGUGCACGCCCUGCCUCACCUCCUGGCAAGUGGAUUCCGAGGGACAGGGCUGUCCCUUCUGUAGGGCCGAGAUCAAGGGCACCGAACAGAUCGUCGUGGACGCCUUCGAUCCGCGCAAGCAACAUAACCGCAACGUCACCAAUGGGCGACAGCAGCAGCAGGAAGAAGACGACACUGAGGACAUGGGCGACUUCAACAUAGCCACCUCAUCGCUGCACGCACUCAGCACAUCCUCCACGGUGGCGGCUGAGAAGCACAGUCCGCACACAUCGCCCCGUUUGGGACGCCGAAGCACCACGCCCAGUCUGAUGGCCGUGCAGAACGAUCUCUAUGCCGGCGGAACGCCCACCCUCAGCCUGCCCAGCAGCUCGUGCUCCUCCAUUGCCGCCGCCUCCACAUCUUCCUCCUCCUCCUCCUCAGUAUCAGCAGCCACAGUGGGCGCAUCGACGUCCUCCUCCCAGCAUCAGCAGCCCCAGCCCUCCGCUCCUCCUGCUUCGGCGGUCCUCAGCAAUGGAGGCGGCGGCGGCGGCGGCGGAAUCAGCACCAGUCAGAAGAACACCAACCGGAUGAGUGCUCCGCUAAUUGGCUCCUGUGUGGCCAACUCCACCUAUGGCCAGAAGUUGCCCCAGAACUCCAGCAGCAACAGCAGCACGACCAGCGACAAUGCCUCCAGCUCGAGUUCAUAUGCCAUUUUGCAGAAUCUCCAUGAUCCGGGGACACCUUCGACGGCAGCAGCAGCGGUGGUGGCUCCGCCCCUGCCGCCCAGGAAAUCCUCACCGGGCGUGGAGACACCCAGCAAGGCAACGGCACCGCCACCGCCCAGCAGUAGCAAGAGCAUCGACAACAUCCAGUGCAGCCUGGACAAUGUGCCGCCCCAGACGACGGCGCCCCCGAUUCCACCACAUGUCUCGUCCAGCGUGGACACCUUGGCCGAGGAUCUGAUGCGCCAACAGCGCAUAGCAACGAGUACCACGUCGCCGGUGCUCUCGCUGCUGGACGAGGACAUCGUGGAGGUGGGUCCGGCGGAAACUAUAAGCGGCGUAAUCGAUACCCGCCCCCUGGAGGCGCGUGGCGUCACCUUGAGCCGCCAGGACUCGGCCUCCUCGCACUACACUCAACUCUGCACCACGAGCAGUGGUGGUGGUGCCGUCUCAGCAGCGGUGGCCAACGGCAAGAGGGUCAUCCCGGCCAAGCAGAGCCAGACCACAACGACGACAACGCCGGCAGCGGUGGCGGGCAAUGGGGCUAAUCCCCUCCAGCAAUCGCAACCGCUGCUCUAUGCGAACGUGACGAUCAAUCAAAAAGACUGCGGCUCCGUGCCCUACGAAAACAUUAACCUGGAGUACAUAGCCCGGCUGAUGAACGCGGGCUACUCAAAGGAGAACGCGAUCACCGCUCUGGGGAUAUCGCGGAACAACAUCGAGAUGGCCGGCGACAUCCUGCGCGAGUUUGUCUCCAAGAACAGCGCCUGAAGUGCCAUGUCGGCUAACUGCUAAGUCAGAUGAUAGGGCUACACCCAAAGCAAAACAAAAAAUCAAUCACCAGUCGAACUUCUCUAACUCGAAACAAUAUGGAAAUUUAUUUUCAAUUUCCUAAUAUUUAAAAAAGAAUUUUAAUUGGUUGUUAAAAAUUAGGAUUUUAUAUUCGGUGAAUUUGUUUUUAUGAAAAAUGUAAAUCAUGUUAGAAAGAAAUUUAAUUAUUUAGUUUUUUUGUAGU